GAGCCUGUGUACAUACCUGACCUUCAAGAUGCCUCCUCCUGCUAAUACUAUGACAAUGAAACGAAUAAACCGCGAAAUCAAGGAUUUAGGCAAGGAAGAUUUGGGAGACAUGACCUUGGAACCUGAGGAAAAUAACAUGUUCGUAUGGAAGGCUUCUAUACCCGGGCCAGAAGGCAGCCCCUAUGAAGGUGGUGUUUUCAAUCUCAAAGUUGAGCUAGCACAAGAUUACCCCUUUUCAGCACCAAAAUUCACCUUCACCACUAGAAUAUACCACAUGAAUGUAUCUGAUAGAGGAAACAUAUGUAUUGAUAUAUUGAAGCAGAAUUGGUCUCCUGCUCUAUCCCUCUACAAAGUCCUUCUUUCGUUAUCCUCUCUCUUGACGGAUCCCAAUCCAAAGGACCCUCUCGUACCCGCAAUUGCAUCUCAAUAUGUUCGGAGCCGAUCAAAGCACGACAGUACAGCACGAGAAUGGACGCGUCUAUAUGCACAAAAGCCCGCAGAACCAUCGAGCCCACCUUCCCGUGCUAAAGGUAAGGCACGAGCCGAACCAACAGCUACAUCUUCUGUGAGCGUCGAAAACGGCCGAACGGGACGCGCACGUCGUGCACCUCAGAACUCUCAACCACUCACCAACGGUGGUGUAAUCGACAUUAGUGAAAUGGAUGAUGGCUUGACUACUAGUCGUGAUUCCGGAAGAGGCGGGGCACGCACGCGAACUGGACAAGGAACGAAGCGUAAACGAGAUUUGGAUGAUUCCACCAAUGCUGAGGGGGACGCUUCGAGGCGAAGGCGGAUUAGCCCGGAGAGAACUGGGGAAGUUAUCGUUAUUGAGGAUUGAAUUUUCUAUCUUGGUUUUACUAUAUCGGAGGAAACGUUUUGUGCAAAACAUAUUAUAACAAGUUGUGUACUGUCCAAUCGAUUA